CCUUUGCAUUCGCGUUGUUGGUACGGUACUCUCUGUGUGUGUUUUCAAUCAGGCGAGCGGAGCGGCGCGCAAACCAUCUUUUCCGCAUUGAUAGCAACAAAAAAAAGAACACAACACAUUGCUGCAUAUGUAGCGUCGUUUGUUUAUUUUUUAGUAACUAAAAGCAAACAACAAAUUCCCCCCAACAACGCGUUACGUACGUUACGUUUCGUUGCGUGCGCUGUCGAGUGCCGUAAGAACCGGAGUCAAUUUCAAAAUUACCGUGUGGCGUCUGCCGUGUACAUACAUAUGUACAGACGUAAAUGCGUUGUGUGUACAUAUAAUAAUCAAUACAACGUCGAAUAAAUACGUCUAGAACAGCAAUUGAAAGCAGGCCUCAAACCAAAGCUGAAAUUGAAACAGAGACUCCAUUGCCAUUGACACAGUGCUUACGUUACGUUGAGUGUGUGUGUGUAGUGCGAGAAAGAAACGGCAAGAAAAGAAGGAAACUCCUUAAAUCCCAGCACUAUUCGUAGUGCUCCACAAAAAGAACAUUAACUAAAUAAACCAUUCGAACCGAUCGGCUCCGUUAUGGAUCACUUUCAUCAAAUACAGCAAACCAUUCAACACUAUCAGCAGCAACUGGCUGCGCAGCAACAACAACAAGUACAACAGCAACAGUUGCAACAGCACCAAGUGGUGGUACAGCAGAAUCAGCAGCAGGCGCAUCAGAAUAGCUCCAAUACCGCUGCCGGUGUUGGCACCCAACAGCUGUUCACAUAUAAAAUGGCCAGCAGUUUCCCGAAUCCAGCCACGACGAUGGCCCAGGUUGUGGCCACGUCGAACGCUGCCGGUACCACAGGCUAUGACUAUCGCCUAAAUAUGGCACAGGCUGCGGCGGCCGCAGCAGUGCCCGGCUCCCAGUGGUGGUAUUCGGCAGCCAAUCAGGGCCAAGUGGAUGCCAACACAGCUGCCCAACUGCAGCAGCAGCAGCAGCAACAACAGCAACAGCAGCAGCAACAACAGCACCAGCAGCAACAACAGAUGCAACAGCAGCAACAGCAACAGAAUGUAAUCAAUUCGGCGAGUCCAAUGGUCCGAGGUGGAAAGGCUGAUGCAAAACCGAGGGGCCGAAUGACUGCAUACGCAUACUUUGUACAAACCUGCCGGGAGGAGCACAAAAAGAAACAUCCCGAUGAAACCGUGAUAUUUGCCGAAUUUUCGCGCAAGUGUGCCGAACGGUGGAAGACAAUGGUGGAUAAGGAGAAGAAACGUUUCCAUGAAAUGGCCGAAAAGGACAAGCAGCGCUAUGAGGCUGAAAUGCAAAACUAUGUGCCGCCCAAGGGUACUGUUGUGGGACGUGGCAAGAAGAGGAAACAGAUCAAGGACCCCAAUGCACCGAAACGUUCAUUGUCUGCGUUCUUCUGGUUCUGCAAUGAUGAGAGAAAUAAGGUGAAGGCUCUGAAUCCAGAAUACGGUGUUGGCGACAUUGCCAAGGAGCUGGGGCGCAAAUGGUCCGAUGUUGACCCCGAGGUUAAACAGAAGUACGAGUCGAUGGCCGAGAGGGACAAGGCACGCUAUGAACGGGAAAUGACCGAAUACAAGACAAGCGGGAAGAUAGCCAUGUCCGCACCAUCGAUGCAAGCGUCGAUGCAGGCGCAGGCACAGAAGGCCGCGUUACUGGCCGCCGCCGUGCAGCAGCAGCAGCAGCAUCAACUGGACGAGCAGCACGACGACGAUGACGGCGAUGGUGACGAUGAUGAGAACCAAUAGGAGGUCUAGCCUAGUAAUACUCUACACUAUUUAUACACACUAUCGUUGGGUCUGCUGUCUCAUCGUGUGGUAGAUAUAGAGCGAGAGCAGAAGAUAACGAGAAACAUGAACAAGAUGUCGUCGGACUUGGCGGUUUAAUCUAUUAUCCAGGUUAAACCAAACCACCGAUCGACGAUGUGUGUUAUAUAUAUGCAUAUAUAUAUAUAUAUAUAUAUAAAUAUGAAAAGUAAUGCAUAGUUUUUUUUUUUUUGUAAUAAUAAGUAAUCAAAUUUCCAUGAAUUAAUUGAAGGAGAAACAAACAAACAAACAAAAAAAAACAAAAAAUCACAAAGAAACCUUUUAUAAGUUCGUAUGUUAUAAGAUGAAAUAUGAUUAAGUAAUGGUUAGAUUAAAGCCGACAUUCAAUCUUUGUCUGUCCAGCAAAAACAAACAAACCCUUAUUUGUGCUAAGUUUUCUCCUAAAAAAAAACAACAAUUUAAACAACACUCAAGAGAAAAAUCAAUCAAAUCAAAUCAAUCAACCACAAAACAACUCUCGAUCAUGAUAUCAAGCAUAUUGUCACUUCAUUCUCUCUCAAUAUGAUGAAGAAGCCCCUCCAUUUAUUAAAGUUAGAUUUCUCCAUGGAAACAAAUGGAACCAAACCCAAAAAUCCCCCCCAUCUCCCAUCAUACAAUUAAUGCGUUUACUCGUACACGAGUUGCAAGACGUGAUAUAAAAACAAGAAAACAAAAAAAUACUUAACUCAGUGGCGGGUGAUAUCUCUUCAAACAAAAA